AUGUCUUCAACCCGGCCAAACUCACUAGAAAUGUUAACUUCAUGUCAUCCUCGAUCCAGUGCCACCACCGCGGCUACACUCCUUCUAUUCGUGGACCUCCUGGGUGGUCGCCUAUUGUUCCUCUGUGGCGGUAUUGCUAGGGAGCCAAACUUUGCCAUCGCUGGGUUGAUCAAGACUGGUGGUCACCGCAUCGAAGAAGUUGGCGGAAAUGCAAACAUCAAGUUGAGGGUUCUAGGAAGCUAUGCGACAGGUGUAGUCGCCUGCAGUUAUCAUAUGAUACCAUACACAAAUAUUUAUGGCCUUUUAUGGACUUGA